AUGCGUACACUUCUCCUACGGUCGCUAAUGCUUUAUAACACCGUUGUUCCAGUAUCCUCAGCAACGACCAUAGUGUCAGUGAUACAUUUACAAGCAACAAGCUCUGUAUCACAAGUCGCCGGCGACGCCUCACCACCAACGACCGCAAAUGUCAAACCCUCGUUGAAAAACAUUAUUUCGUCGGCACAAUCUACGCCUUCUGCAUCAGUAGCGAUCCGCGCGACGGGUACACCUCCGGAGCCCAAAAUUAAGGACCUGAAGUUGCCAGACGACGGCGGGAGUUUCGGAAACGUCGUAAUCUACAACUGGUGCCCUCACAAUGUCUAUUUCGUAUCCGUUGGCGCUCACUAUCUAGGCGGAUCCCGCAACCCAGACGCAGGCUGGGGCACUCCUGACGACGCCAUAUACCACGAAAUCGCUUCACACGGCUACCACACCGAGCCCUACCGCGCAAGCGGCGGCUGCGCGUACACUGGAACGCCACCCUACUGCCCGGACGAAGAUAAGCUUGCCGGCCAAGCUAUAUCAAUCAAGAUCGCCAAAACCAACGACACAGCAGACCAGGAAAUCACGCAACUAGAGUACGCGCUCUACCAGAACCCCGCAACAAGCGAUAAGUUCAAGAGGUUGUACUACGACGUCAGUUUGCUGGACUGCGGUAAGCCGGAUGUGGCCGUCACGGAUUUCGACGCUACGGAGGCGAUGCACGGGAAGAAGCUCGAGAUGUGCCCGGGAUAUGCUGGUGGUGUUUCUGUCACAUUCAGUGGUGAUGAGAAGGGCGAGAAUUGUCCGCCGAUAUACUGUGAUGGGAAGAGUAAGUGCUUCAUGAUAUACACGUUUGAUAGAACGAGGCCGCAGGAGUCGAGUUUUACGUGUGAGAAGGAGUAUAAGGGGGACCUGAGGCUGGAUCUCUGCGCGGCGGAGGGGGAUGCAAAGUGA